CACCUGCCAACCAACCAAGUGAGCGAGAGUGCGCAAGAAGCGAGAGUCGGUGUGUUGAGAGAGUUGAAGGAGAGAGGUGCGACCAACGAUAGGAGGAGACACCUACCUGACUUACAGAGCACGAACGAGAGCAAGAGCAACAGCACAGGUCAAUAAAUACAGGAGAGAUCCCAGGUACCAGAUCAACUCUCGCACAGCACACACAGCGGCAUGCAGGCGAUCGCUGCGCGAGUGACGCGACGCGGCCACCGCCAUCAUCAGCAACACCAACACCAACAACAACACCAGCACGAUGCCCUUCUUGCAAGCGCAAGUGGUGGCUUGAUGAAGCGGCACAGCCACAGUGCAAAUGGCCACCCCAUGUGUCAGGAUGACAUUGAUGUCUGCCGCCACAACCUUCGCCAAUGGAUUCGAGAUGAGUUUCACAUGGAGCUGGAGCUUGGACCAGGCCUCGAAGAACUCCGCACGGGCGUGGUGCUGUGUAAGGUGGCUGGCAUGAUUGAGCUGGCCCAAACAAAGGCACUGCUGGCAGAUGGAAAGCCGUGGAAGCCCAUGCGCCUCAAGUUCAACGAGAAAGCCACCAUAGGGUCGUUCUUUGCCAAGGACAACGUCAACAGGUUUCUUGCGUGGUGCGCGCGCUACGUGGACAAGAGCUUGCUGUUCAAGCUGCAUGAUCUCAACGGCCACCCAGACAGAGACGGCGCUGUCCUCGGCUGCUUGACGCGUCUGGCGCGGUCGCAGGUGGCCUCCACGACACCACUUGAUGCAGUGGAGCACAGCGUCCUUGCCGGCACUUACGAGCCAGAUGUUGCUACGGUUACGGCUGCAGCAAAUGCGGUGCUGUCGGACCACAACGGGACAGUUGGCGACCACCAAGGCAACGGCGCCUUUGUCAUUACGAACGCGACAACGAGCGACCAACAAUCGCUCGUCCUCGCCAUGGUGGAUCAGGCCGUGUUUGCGUGUCCACGUGAGGCGGCCACAGCGUCUCCGUUCGUGUGGUCGCCGCUGCAACGUUUUGUUGCAUCAGACACAAGGCCCCGCGGCUCCGUGGCCAAAAUCCUCGAGGUCUUCAGAUCUCCACACAGAGCAGGUCACCACCACCAGCACCAGCAGCAGGAGAAACCCGCACCGCCACCGCGUCACACAAAGCCAGAACUGAAGACAGUGCCCUCCCAGACGCUGGACGCCAAAGCACAGCGAGCAGAUGCCCAUGCUGAUGGUAAUGCGGACACGCAAACAUCUGCUGCUGUCACAGCGGAACAAACAUCCGGGGAGGAGGCACGCCACGUGGCUGCAGAGACCACAGCCGACACGAGCAACAACACCGUUGCUGUGAGCGAGCAGCCUCAUCCCGCCGCUCAUCACGCUCAUCGCGACAUUGCCUCCAAUGGGUGUAACCCAACGUCAAGCACAAUGGCUGAUGCAACAGAACCGAGCGUGCUUUCGGCGUCAUCCGCAGCGCCAUCAUUGUCGCCAUUGAUGAGCGGUGAAGCGGACACAAACUCCAUCGACAGCGACGAUUCUGAGGCAUCACAGUCACUUCAAUCGUCUGAUGCGAGCUGCCUUGCACGGGGACCACAACGGCCGCUGCCGCUUCCAAAGCCGCGGCGGGCCAGUGCAGCAACAGACGGCGGCAAUGGCAGUAGCUAUGGCAGUGCAAGUCGUAAGACGAGCACGUGCUCCUACAUGUCGUCCUCUGGUGCUGCCAGCAGUGGGGAGGCAACAUCACCGACAGAGCCUGCAGGCAUGUGGGCAGCGUUGAAGCCACAACUGCGUGCUGCAAGCAGUCGCGCAUCGUGCUUUUCGUUUGCGGGAUCCACCACAAAUGCCACGCCCACGUGGUCAACGCGUACCUCGGCUGCCGACGUGCUUGCAGGCAUGAAGAACUCCCUUCCGCUGCCACGCAAGCUUCGGCACCGCAGAGAAUCGGAACAACAACAACAACAACAGCAGCAGCAACCACAGCAGCAGGAGCAACAGGAGCAGCAGGAAGCAUGUCAGACUGCAGCAGAGGAAACACAACCCAGCACGGCGCCUUCCACGCCCACACUGCGUCCCCACAACGAGGCGGAGGGAGGUAACAUUGAGAAGGUCAGCAAGCAAAGCAGCGUGGAAACGAUUCGACACGUUAGCUCCAGCGAAGCAGACACGACAUCAACUGCAGCAUCGAGUGGUCAGGGGAGCAGUGUGGACGCGCGUGUGUUCGCAACAAGCACCAGCAAGAGCACAGCAGAGGCUGGACGCAAGGCUGUUGGCGGCGCUGACAACACUGAAGCAGCAGCCGACACUGUGCUGCUGACGCAGGAGGAGCUUCAAUCACGAUUGGAGGAAUAUGCGGAGCAAAAACUGAAGCGCACGGAGCGCGACCACCAGGAAGCCUUGACGCGCCUCGAAUACGAGCGAGAUGACUUGCAGCGACGACUGCAAGCACUGGAGGAAGCAGCAGAAGAGGUUGAGAGUUCAUAUGACGAGAAGCUGAAGAAGAUGCAGAAGCAGCGCGAUGACGCCAAGAAAAUUGCAAACAUGCUGCAGGACAGCAUUGCAAACUUGCGCAUGGAUCUUGCGGACAGCAAGAAUGAGUCUGCUGCGCGCAUUGCUGAGUUGGAACAAGAGCUAACAGAGGCAAAGGAAGCGGCGGCAGUGGUCACCCCGUCAUCGUCCACGGAAUCAACCGCCACACCGGCGCCAUCACCUGCUACAGCAGCCACACCUGCUUCAAUCACGCCACAUACUUCGCAGCACGACACGACCGCCGAGCGCGAGGAGCCCAUGUUCCUGUCCCGCCUCAAAGCAUCCGUCAAGCAAUCGUGUGAUGACAUGCGCAAGGGCCUCAAUUCUGCGGACGACGGCGCAGCAGCAGCAGAGAGGAUCCGUGAGCUGGAAGCAGCGCUGGCAAACGCCGAGGAGGAGUUCCAGACGCAGCGGGCAGCCAACGGGUUUCGCAUGGUGUCCUUGUCCUCGCAGGUGUACACGUUGGAGCAGGCCAACCAGGACCUGGAGAGGCAGAUUGCCACGCUGCGGUCGUCACUGACAGAUGCGCUUGUGCAGCACCUGCUUCCACUCUCCAACCUCAAGACGACACAAAUCCAGCAGAUGCUGCACUCGGCUUCCUGCCCUGCUGCGACCGGGGAGGACGCGAGCGCAGGCAGUGCACACGAGCACGUUGCAGUUCCGCAGGGCAACACCUUGGUUUAGGGCAUUGAUAGAUUGAUCAUCAGCGGCAUGAAUGCUUGAUUACAUCUAUGAAUGGUUUUUUGUGUUGCUUCCUUUCUUCUUUUGCUUGUUUGCUUGUGUGUUGCUUGUUUGCUUGUUUGCUUGUGUGUUGUUGGGUUCUGUUGUUGCCAUCUCUGCGAUGCGCGUUCCCUCCCUUGUUUUCCCAUUCUCCCAUUGUUCCGUCCUGUUCUCACUGGCCCAAAGACCUGUGUCUGGGUGUCUCAGCCUUUCUUGCUUUUCACCAUCCCUAAAACGGCGCUUCACACC